AUGGCGGCCUCGAUACACGCCCAUCCUGACCCAACUCGCACGCUUGUACCUCACCUACAGCGCCAUUUGCCACACUCAGGCCCUUUGCUGCGAGUCAUUCAAUCCUUCGGCAUCCUCCCGCGGUCUGCAGAGGCGUGCGUUCUGGCUUCCUUUUCCCCAGAAUCGGGAUCAAACGCUGCAAAGGAUGGGAGUCGACUGAAGGAGCCAUGGGUAGUGGCAUAUGUAGACGUCUUCCGCUACCCUGAGACGCAGAUGUGGGCAUACUCAAGCCUGGAGGCAGACGGGCGCAACAAGAUGGUUGGAGACACGAUAGAGACCAUUCUAACAGCCGAUGAAGAGACGCGUAAAGCGGCCCGAGAGCAGCUCAGGGGUCUGCUUGCAUAUGUUCGCUCAAAAUUGCUGCCGUCACUCCUAUCGACGCCCGGGGCCCUGGAGAAAAACAUCGUCCACCAGCCAAACGGAGUUAAGAAGCUCCCUGCCCCUCCUCCGACAGGCCUACUGAUGGGAACGAUAAAUGAUGGCCUGGCUGAGCUGUUGGGCCAAUUAGGGCCUAGGGACCUAGACGGUUCAAGCCAGAAGCCUUUCUUUCACGUCUUCCGUGUCGAUAAAUGCAUGAAGUACCUGUUUGACCGAACCCAUUAUGACCAUGGUAAAAAUGAGCCACCACUGGGGUACCGAUUCCAUGACAGCAAGGGCCGCCAUGGUAUCCAGGAUCAUCAAUUUGGACUGGUGCUAAGUCGUACGCAGAUACAGCGCACUCGGGCGUCAUUCCCUGUUAGCGUAGCCCUGUAUCAUGACGACAUGAAGGCGGGCGCUGCUGUGGAAAGUCCGAGUGAAACCCCUGCUGCUCACAUCAAUGGGAACGGGUUAGACAUGGCCGAAGAAAUGCCUAUUGGCUGGGCGUUUCUCGCAUUCGACGGAAGCAUGAUCGUUCUACAUGUCGAGCCGGAGCACCGUGGACGAGGCCUGGCAGCCCUGAUCUCGAAGGAGAUCAUGCGUCGGGGCAUGGGCAAUGACGCUAUCCAUGAGCUGCAGCUGGACAAUGAUGUCGAUGGAAAGGAGAAGGGAUGGGUGUUUGCUGAUGUUGAAAAAGUAAAUAAGGCCAGUCAGCGGGUGAUGCAGAAAUUGGGAGGAGAGGUCGGCUGGGCGAUGAGAUGGAUUGUGGCGGAAGUAUGUGUAGAAGGAGAAUGCUGUAUUUGUGCUAAGGGACUUGCAUAA